UUAUCGCAAUCAGCCUUGCAACAGCCCCUCGAACAUCGUUGCGCCGACUUGAAGGACCCCGCGCAUACAUCUAGCAACUGUACACUUAAUUAUCCCGUCAAUCAAUCGCGCGCAUACCAAUCCACGACAAAUGCGCACCACGGGGUCCCAAUCGCCGCUUCAACCAUGAUGCGUGGUGAUCCACGUCGCCGGAGCCCGGAGAGCUCUAGGCGGCGAAGAAAGGACCGGCGUGAUUCUCGCGAACAGCUUGCCUCCGCCGCCGCCGCCCCCUCCACCACAUACUCCCCGUCGCAAUACUCCCAAUCCUACGCCGAACCCCAAAGAUACCCCGAUCAUGAAAGCUACGCUCCGAGACCUGAGCGAUACGAACAACAACCACAACAUCAUCAGCAAUACCAACAGCAACAACCGUACGGGAACCCCCAGAGAUACCCAGAACCCGAGCGAUACGCCCAAGCUGAGAGAUAUUCUGAACCCCCCCAACAAUAUGCCGACCGCGAUCGAUAUGCCGGCUCUCAAGCAUCAGCAUCGGCAUACACCGAGCCUGCGAAAACGCGCCCGCGCGGCGGCUCGAGUUCGUCCGCCUCGUCAUCCACUUCGUCGUCCCUCCUCAACGUUUCGGCCAAGGCUCCACGGUUCGGCGGUGUCUUUAGCACUUUUUGGAGGGCCCCCUCGGAGCAGCGUGAGCGACGGCGGAGGAAGAAGCAAAAGGCUCGUAUCUUCUUUGCCACGAACUCGUCUUCGUCCUCGGUCAACUCCGACCUGGCCUACGGCCGCGGCUACAUUGAACGCGACAAGAGCCAGGGUCCAACCCCCGCGGCUUCUGCUUAUGCCAGUCCCGCCAUGUAUCGGAAUGAGCCUGCGCCUACUGAGGUCCGUCAGCAACCACCACCGCCGGCUGAGUCGCGGCCCAAGACCGACGAUGAAGAAAUCCUCGAGAUUGGCCGCCAGUUGCAGGACAUUGCCAGGAGGCAGAAUGAAUCCGACAAGCGUGCCGCCGGCAAGUCCCGUGCGUCCCAGCUGGCUGGUGCCGCCGGUAUAGCCGGUGCAGCCGCUGCCUUUGGUCACUUCCGCAAUCAUAAAGCCGACGGUAAGAGUCAAGCGGGACCUUCUUCGAAAGUGCAGGAGUCUUCCUCCGACGACGACUGGGAAUCCGCGUCUGAGGAUGAAUCGUCUACGGAUAGUUCCGACAGCUCAGAUGGCGGCGGCUUGGCUUACGGCUUUGACAAGCCGUCCAAGUCUGCCAGGAUCUCGGCCGAGCCUCCUGAGCAGAUCCAGCCGCCCGGACGGAAGAACACCGUCGUCGACCCGCGUCUCUUCGGCCCUUACAACUCCCUCCGCGGCGCCGUAAAGAGUCCCUGUGGCUUUGGCGAACAGGACGACCCUCGAUCUGCAGGCUCGUUCCGCCGUCAUCACGAGGAAACCGUAGCGCAAGUCCAGUCACCCAAGACCGAGAAGAAGCCAGUGCAGCAGCCGAUGCAGCAUGUGUAUCCCGUGCCAACUUCAGACCCAGACAAGUUUGACUUUGACCGCGCUUCUGUGACCGCGUCUAGGCAAGACCUCCCACAACAGUCCCGACCCGCCCCUGUUCCCCUGCAGCAACCUAAACCCAUCGUCCCGGUCUCAUCCAAGGUUUAUGAUGCGGACAGAUAUGUAGAGCCCCGGACUUUCAAGCGUCAGACGCCCACGGGCAGGAGCCCUGGUAGGAUCCCUGUCGAGACAGCCAUCGCCGGUGCUGGGGCCGCAGCCGCGGCCAUUGGCGUGGCCAUGGCUAACCGUAGGGACUCUGCCGAUCACGUUCAACGUCACGACGAGCGCCGGAAGGAGGCCUGGGAGAGGCGAGACGACGCCCGGGAGUCUCUGGCCAGCCGUCGACCAGACGAGCGGGUAGAUCAGCCUGUCAAAAUUGAAAUGGACGACCGUGAACGCCGCGAUCGCAGCGAACGCCGGUCAUAUAGGCACAGCCCCGUCGAGAUCAUCGACCAACGAGACAAGAACCGUGCCGCCCACGUUGAUGCCCCUCCCGAGCCGACCAAGAAGCCGGAAGCACGCCCAGAUGCCCGUCCAGAGGUGUACCGGCUGCCGAAAGGUGACGAAAUCCGAGUAGAGUAUGACCCGGAGGAAGAUCGACAGCGCCGAGAGAAACCCAAGGAGCCACGUAAAGAAGAGCGUAAGCCGGAAGUCGUCGAAGAACGCCGGGAUGCGAAGCGGGUAGAGAAGCAAACUGACUUACCCCGAGAUCAUCAUGGGGUGGAGCAACCCGAGGUCCCCUUUACACAAGCCCCUAUUGACCCUUUCCAGUUCCAGGUCGCUGACGACGCUUUCCAAACACCGAAAUACGCGACGCCCAAGAACGCCACGCCCAAGAGGCCGCUGACUCCCCAGGUCGUAACUGUUGAUCGCGAGCCUAAUUUCGACGAUUCGCCCCCGAGGAAGCCCGAUUACUCGGAUUCACGAAUGAGCCGCAAGGAUUCUUUCGAGCUCGAGCAAAGGUUGGAGCAGUACCAGCAAGGCUUCAGAGACCGCUCGAGAACGCCGGAACCCCGCCGUCGCAGAGACUCGUUCGAAGAGGAGAAGCACGCCGCCAAGGCAAUCUACGACGAGGUCAAGCAUGCCACUGCGCCCGUAGCCGCGGCCGCUCUUGCUUCUGCAAUUGCCGUAGAAGAACAGAGAUCGCGAAAACAUCGUAGUGAACAUGUUACCGAGGAUGGCUCGCGUACCAGCUCCCAGGCUGCUAGAGACGCCGUCCAGGAAGAGGCCGACAGGCAUUACCGGGAGACCGUCCUGGCUCGCAAGAUUGCCGAGGACGAAAUUCGCUCCCGCAGCUCCUCGCCUCACGACGGGUCUGUUGUAGGCAAGUACGAUGACGACAGGCGACCUGAAGUUGUCACCAUUGUGACGCCCCCGGAGAUGGACCAUCCUCACGACAAGAGCCCCUACGACGCGCCAAAUGCGGAUGUUCGUAUCGACCACGUCAUAAUUCCAGACGAGCUCGCCCGUUUCCGUCUACCGGAAGGCCAGCUUGGUCCUGGCUCCACGCAUAUCUUCCGGUCUCGCGACCCCUCUUGUGAGCGCGAGCGGCCCCUAUUGAAUCUCGUCCUCCCUACACCUAAUAUCACCCCCCGCGCCACACCUGCCCCUGAGCAGCAGAAGGAGGCGAACCGUGAAGCGAGACAAGACGAAAAGCCGAAGGAGAGCACACGUGAAGUGCCAAAGCCUAGAUCCGUAGAGGUGACUGCAACUCCCGCGGAUGUUGCCCCUGAAGUCGUCCCGGAACCAAAACAAAAGGUUGUCGAGAGGCCGACGACGCCCACCGCCAAGUCGGUGACCUGGGGCGAGAACGAGACAAAGAGUUUUGAGAUUGAGAGCCCGGAGCCCCCAAAGAGCGUGCCGUCAUCCACUUCCCCCAAGAAGUCGAAGAAGCGCUUCGGUAAGAGCACCCCGUGGGACGUAAUCGCCGCAGCCAUCGGCGGAGCGGGUGCUGCAGCGGCAGCUACCUCCGAGGUUCGCGAUCCUUUCGAAGAGAACAAGACGACGGAAGACAGGGACAGACACAGCCCACCGCAGUCUCCCAAGUCCCGAGUCGUUGAGCCUUCCUCGGAGCCUAUCGUUUCACCCAUUCAUCCCAAGGUCAUCACCUCGUUUGAGGAUGACUUGCCUCCUGCGCCAGGCCCGAAGCCGUCCAGUCCACAAACCUCUCAGAUGCCCGGGGCGUUUGCGGACGACUUGGAGUUCGCGUCCGUCCUCGCUGCUGGCUUGCAAGACACUGGAUUUGACCCCAACAUUGUCAUUGACAACCCGACCUACAUGCGGCGUGAUAGUCCGCCGGGCCAGAAUGAGCCAAUCUACCAGCAGCCUUACGUAGAGACGGUAAAUGACCUGGGAAUCUACGGUCCUGAGAAUAUCGGGCAGCCCACAGCCACCCGUGAGCCAGGCCACGUCAUUGGCGAGGUUCAAGACACUCCUGUGGGGAAGGAUCUGAACAACGGCCAUGCUGCUUUCGACACUCUCCCCAGAAAGUAUCGUGAUAAGGGCAAAUCCAAGGAGACCGAAGUCUUGCAUGAAGAGCCUGCUGGCGACGAAUCUGAGCCUGGUAGGAAGCUCAGUAAGAAAGAGAAGCGCAAGCAGAAGGCCGCCAAGAGACAAAGCGUCGAGAGCGCGCCGGAGGAGGCAUCAAAGGCGGUAACACCACUGGAUCCUUUCUCACAAACGGCGCCCGAGCACGAUUGGAACGACGACAGGUCUCAGAGCCCCUCAACCGUUGUUUCAACCGUCGUUUCGGUUGGUCCUAAAGUUCGCGACCCUCUCGACGACCCGCUUUGGAAUUCGCCGUCGUUUUCCUACCGGGAUCGUCCCGUUGAAGAGCCAGCCUACGAUUCCCGCCGUUACGUUGACGAGCCAACUUACCAUUCCCGCCGUUCUGACGAAGAGCCAACUCACCACCCCCGCCGUUCUUCUGACGAGCCAACUCCUCGGCGCCAGUCUGAAGAGCGAAGAUCUCCCCCGACCACCCGAUCCCUGGAUGAUUCUCCUUACGCUGGCACCUCUUUUGACGAGCUGCCUUCUAUCCAAGACACAAGAUCCUUUGACGAGUCUUCUUCUCUCUACUCUCAGCCUUCUGAGGUGCCGAGCUCUUACGUACGCUCCCGCGAUGAGCCAUCUUUCCAGGCGCCGGCAUCAUCUGAGACACCCAAUGCAGACGACGACGCCGCUGCCCCGACGAAGUUGAGCAAGAAAGAAAAGAAGAAGAAACGGUCUUCCAGAUCCGACAUCGUCGUGGUACAGGAGGAUGGGAAAGAGCCGCAGGAGAUCAUCGUUGAGGAGCCACGCAGCUAUCGCGAGGAGCUGCCAGAGCACAACGACACUGGUCCGACAGAACCUCGCGAGAAAGACGACGACCCGUUGGACUCGCCAGUGAAGAAGAAGAAAAAGUCCAAAAAGUCCAAGCAGAGCUCUGACGAGUGGACUGAUGUCGAGAAGCAGAUUGAGGACGUGUCUGCCGGCGGGAGAAGCUCGCCCACCAAAACUGUGGGCGACUGGGACGAUCGUCCUGCCAAAUCGCGGCGAGAUCGAUCUAGGAUCGACGACCAAGAUACAGGCUCUGUUGUGUCCGAUUCGACACCGCGGCGUAGCAAGUCUGAUCGCCGCUCCAACGGCAGCCGUUACGAAGACGACGAUGUCAAGUCUGUGGCAUCGGACGGGUCCAGCCGUAAGAGACAUAGCCGCGACGACAAGAAGAGUGUCAAGGACGAUGACAAAAAGAGCACCAAGGAGGAAGAGAAGCGCGGCAGCAGCGGGUUCUUCAGCCUGUUUAGACCGGGAAGCGGAAACAAAGACACAUCUGGAAAGGAGGAGAAGUCUUUUUUAGAUAAUGCCGGCACCCUUGGCGCGGGUGCCGGCUUGGCGAGCGCCGUGGCAGCUUUGGGCUCCAUGAUGUCCCGCUCCAACGCCACCGAACCUCAACCGGAAGAGUCUGAACAGUUUCGUUCUUUGGAAAGGACCGCCAGUACUUCCUCAGACGUGGACAUUCUCGACCCCGAAAUCACACAGCGGACAAUCAGGCCAGCCAUCGACCCGCAAUAUGGCGACCUCCUUCCCCUCCCGCCUAGUCCCAUGCCGCCGAGCACUUCUGGUCCUCCAACGGAAGAGCUCGACGACCUCCCUGCCCUGCCUGACAGCCGGCCAGAAACGCCCCCAGAGGAGCGGAGACGACAGCACGAGAUGAAGACGCAUGUCCGGCGCCGCAGCAACUUGGACACCCCGCACAAGAGCCCAAGCCAAACUGCGGUGCCCUUCAAGCUGCGGCUCGGACAAAGGUCCAGCCCAUCAUCUCCAGGUAAUCUGGGACAUGCAAUCUCUCCCAUGACUUCUCCGACGGCUCCAACGGCCCCGGAAAACGCCCUGUCCCGGCGUCCUUCCAUCAGACCAUUCUCGUGGGAGAGCAGCAAGGAGAUUAAACCGCUCUACCUGCUCGAGCAGGCUCGCCAGGAGCACGCCGCUCAGUCUACGGAGCCACACGUAGACUUUCCGGAGCUGCCACCCAGCGAGCCUUCGUCCCGCGAGUCUCCUGCACCGCAGUUUGCUCUCCGCGAGAACGACGUGGAGUACUUCCGCCAGCUUCAGGCGUCACCGUUCGAGCCUGAUGAGCUCCGUGUCAACACGGACGUGUUCCGCUCUCCGGCUGCACGAGACCAGUUCAGCUCGCAGGAGACAACGCCAAAGGCCGAGCAAGCACUGCACCAUACUGGUGCCAUGUACCGCCUUGAAUCCCCCGCUCUACCUGUGGUUCCAGACCUAAGCAGACAACUAGAGCUGUCAGAGCGUGAGCUAGCUGCGCUACCCGUUCUUCCUGCCAGUCCAGCAAGUACGGUAACCGAGCAUGAAGAUGCAGUGCCUGCCGAGGCGUCUUUGGAGCGCGCAGUAGCAGAUCUACCUGCUCUAUUUGACAAUCCAGCGUCUCAGCCUGGGUUGGUAGAGAACCCCAGAGGCCCUGUUUUCCUCCCUGAAUCGCCCGCACUUCCCGGCAUGCCUGAUGCAGCCAGGCAACUGGAAUCUUUCGAGUAUGAGCCGAUGGACCUGCCAUCUCUUCCCGCCAGUCCUGUGACAGAGCAGGCGCUUUCUCCUGUUAUGCAGUUCCACGACGCGGAAGAUUUCCCUGCUGUCCCCGCGGGUCCAUUGGCUGAGGACGCGUACGAAGCGCCGUAUACUGUCCCCAAAUUCCUCCCUGAAUCUCCUGCUCUUCCGCCUGUCACAGAGACCCAUCGAAUCGGUCUCCCAGACCAUUACUUUGAGGCUUUGCCUGUUCUACCUGCUAGCCCCAAGGUAGAGCCUCGAGCUUCACCCAAGAGCGUCCGCUUCGCCCCCGAAUCUCCUGCGCUUCCUGCCAUCCCAGACACCGCCGAAGGUUUCAGUCUCCCAGCACGUUACCUGGAUGAGUUGCCUCCCCUCCCCAGCAGCCCUGUAGCAGAGUAUCAGCCAAUCCCAAAGGGCGUCAGCUUCGCACCCGAGUCGCCCGCACUUCCCUCGGUUGUAGAUGCUGCAUGGCUAGACAUUCCCGAUUACGAUCUGGCAGAGCUGCCCAGCCUUCCUGCCAGCCCGGUAUUGGAGCGCAGCGACCGCGAUAUUGGCCCUAAGUUUGCACCCGAGUCUCCAGCUCUGCCAGCGGUUCCAGACACGUCCAGAGAUGCUAUCUUCCCGGUCGACUCAAUGGACCAUUUGCCUGCUCUUCCUGGCAGCCCGUUGUCAGAGCACCAUGAACCUGUUCCUACCAUCAGCUACGCGCCGGAGUCUUCAUCCCUGCCUACGUGGCCAGGCACAGGUUUCCGCUUGCCAGAGCAGCUUGAGACAGACCUGCCUGCUCUUCCUCUCAGCCCUGUUUUAGAGCAGCAGGACCCUCCCGCAGCAAUCACCUAUGUUCCAGAGUCCCCCUCUCUCCCCACGAUUCCAGAGACAUUUAGGUAUUCCGAUACACCGGCUUACAAUUUGGAUGAGUUGCCUUCCCUUCCCGCUACCCCUGUGGCAGAGAACGAGGAUUUGCCCAUUAGAUAUACCUAUGCGCCCGAAUCCCCGGCUCUCCCCUCAUUUCCUGGCGUGAACUUUUACUUCCCAGAGCAGCAGCUAGAGAAUUUGCCUUCUCUUCCCGGCAGCCCUCUGGCGGAGACUGUGGACUCGCUGAAGAAGUUAGCCUAUGCGCCUGAGUCCCCGGCACUUCCUUCAGUUCCUGACGCGGGGUUCUACUUUCCUGAGCAGCAGCUAGAGGACUUGCCUUCUCUUCCUGGUAGCCCUGUGGCAGAAAACGAGGGUGUCUCCAAGAAGUUCAUCUUUGCACCUGAAUCGCCCGCUCUCCCCGCGGUUUCAGGCGCGGGUUUCUAUGUCCCUGAGCAGCAGUUAGAAGAGUUGCCUGCCCUUCCUGGGAGUCCUCCAAUGGGGCCUCUUGUUACGGACCGCGAGGAGACGAAUGCCCCUAGGAUCACCUUCGCCCCAGAAUCGCCCGCUCUUCCCUCCGUCCCAGACACGAAUUUCUACUUUCAAGAGCAACAGCUAGACGAUUUGCCUUCCCUCCCCGGAAGUCCUGCAGCGGAGCCCCUUGUGAUGGAGCGCGGGGAGCCUGCCCCUUCUAGGGCCGUUCUGGCACCUGAAUCGCCCGCUCUCCCUUCAGUUCACGAGAUGGAUUUCCACUUCCCAGAGCAGUCUUUGGAGGAGCUACCUGCUCUCCCCAGCAGUCCUACAACGGAACCCCUUGUAACGGACCGUGAAGAGAUGAACGCCCCUAGGAUCACCUUCGCCCCAGAAUCGCCCGCCCUUCCCCCACAAGCCGACUUCUACUUUUCAGAGCAGCGCAUGGAAGACCUACCUGCUCUGCCUUCUAGUCCUGUGGCAGAACCUAAGGAUCAUCCAAGAGGCCUCACACUUGCGCCCGAAUCGCCCGCACUUCCUCAUCUUCCGGACGCAGCUUCCCAGCUGUAUGCCUUUGAUCAUCAGCUAGAAGAUUUGCCUGCUCUGCCGACCAGCCCUGAGACGUUACCGGCGGUCGGGACACAACCAGAGCCAGAGCCAGAGCCAGUUGAAGUCACCUCCAAGGACAGAAGUUCGUAUCUCCUGCACAUGACGCCCCCGUCUAUCGUCAAGAAUCUAAUGGAGCGUGACCUUCCAGAUACACCGCCGAGCCCCACGCGCACCAGGUCUUUGGAUAGAUCCGAGGCGAUGGCUAAAGUUGAAGAGGAGAGUCUCUCCGAUGCGCGUGACGUCGCUCUUGGCGCUGUUGCAGGCGGUGCGGCAGCCGGGCUUGCCACGACCAUUCUCGGCCAUGACGACCAGACUGACGGAAAGAAGCAGUCUGACCCCGACACCCAGAGCUUGGAAAACUUUGGAAUGUUCGAACCGGCGGGGCCACUUGCCGGAACGAAGCUGUCCAAAAAGGCCAAAAAGAAGAAGAGAAAGAGCAAGGCGCUGUCCAUGGACGAGAACACUGCCCCGACGGAGGCCGCCUCUUCUUCCGAGCCACCAGCCGAGAAUGCCGCCUUGCUGUCGAAUGACAUUGCUCCUGUCAGCCCCAUUGACAAGGACCGACGGCAGUCAAUCGAUGCUCCUCGCGAGAUGCUCGUGGAAGAGCCUGUACCUCCGUCUGGUGAAGCCGACACCAAGGCCCCAGCUGAAGCUCCCUCGACAGAGGCCAUCCCGAGCGAAGUCGCUCCCACUUCGGAAACGCGCUCUGCUGAGAUUCCCGUACAUGAAGAGACGCUUCCAGCGGACGCUCCUUCGGUUGUGGCCCCUCCUGAUGAGGUCUCCAUGCCCAGAUCCCCUCCAGCCAAGCCGUAUGAAGAAGACCUCCCGUCAUCGACUCACACCAACCUUGAUCCGCCUGCCGACAGCAGUGUCUUGUCCACCGACGAUACGCGUUUCUCAAACACCCCAAGAGAUGAUUUGCGCCUACCGGUCGAGUCCAUCCAGCGUGAGACUCCAUCAGCUAACGUCGCCCAUGUAAUCGAGAGCCUGCCAUCAAGCGCCAUCGACAAUGUUCGCAGUGAAGACACUCCUGGGGGAACUCAGCCUGAGAUGCCCACCGUUGAGAGCAAGGCGCCCAUUGAUGCUGAGGCCUUGGAGACUGCCCCUCUUGAGCCUUCUACAGCAGACGUUCCUGCCGAAAAGAAGCUGUCCAAGAAAGACAAGAAGAAACUCAAAAAAGCUCAGGCUCGGGCGUUGGAGCUUGAACAUUCUGCGAAGCCUGAAGAGGGACACGACCAGAUCGAGUCUGCCACGGAACCAGUGCCAGAACAAUUGCCAGAGGACAACUUCAUACCCUCCCUUGCCGACGACACGCUUCCCGCGCCUGAGACUGAGGCACAAGACUCUAUGGUUGAGGUGGGAGCUCCUGUGGCUGACGCUGAUGCCCAUGCCCCAGCCCUUGAGGCUGAUCAGGCAGAUCAAGCAUCCCAGUUGCCUGAGCCACAAGCCGCGACUUGGCUUCCCGAAACCGACACCACCGUUCCCGCUUCUGUGCCACAGGCCGGCGAACCGGCUCUCUUGCCCGGCACAGACAUUCCGUCCUCGGCGCACACGUUCGACGAGAGCAAGGGCAUCAAUGAGGCCGAUCAGCCUGUUGCGCCUUCAGUCACCGAACCUUCAUCUCCUGAGACAAAGAAGAGUAAGAAGAAGAAGAAGAAGGCAAUGAAGGCGCUCGAUCUGGAUGGUGAAGCCAAGCCAACGACUGAGGCCACUCAAGACACCCCCGUUGCCUCCGAGCCAGUGACGCCAUUCCCGGAGCAGGAAGUGUCGGCCAAGCUGGAGGAGAGCAGCUCCACAACCGAGUCCAUAGCACCAAUUGCCCCGCUGCCCGACGCGGAGUCUCAACUUCAGCAAAUUACUAUCUCGGAACAAGACGACAACCAAUUGGCACGAGGAGAUGACGUAGCAGACUCGUCGGCUUCAAUUGAAGAGGACGUGGAGAAGACAGCCGGGAUCGACGAGCAUACAUCGGAGUCGAAGCCUGCCGUUGAAGCGGAAGCGAAGCCUGCCACUCUCGAGGAUAUUUUGUCUGGUCAGAUCGAGGACGCUCCCACAUCGCAAGACGCGCCUGCUGAUGGUCAGCCUUCCUUGGGGCCGCAAGUUCCAAUGUCUGGCUCGGAAGAGAAGUCGCUCAGCUUGGACGACCAUUCGACCCAGACACAAACCGCCCCUGGUGAAGACGAGGCAAAGCUCGGCAACACGGAGGACGACUUGCCACUGCUGUCGACUCUGCCUGCGGACGAUGUCCAGCCUGCGCAGGAACCAACGAGUGCCGUCCGUGAUAUCGCAGAGGCAGCAGAGACAUCGCCCACUCCCACUUCAAAGGGCCAGAACCUAUCUUUAGCGGCUGAGAAUGAACACGUCGAGGCCGAGCCUGUCUUUGAACAGGAAACCCCUGCUGCAGACGUCCAUGCGGACCUUGCCAAGAACCCUGAAUUGUCUUCUUCAGAAUCGCGUGGAUUGGAUCUGGAGGCUACGCCCACCAGCCCCGUGGAAGCUACUUCAGACAAUGUCUACUCCGGAAUACCCGAGGACGAUUUCCACAAUGGAUCGCAGCCCACAACCAGCGAGGCAGAGACCGCCCAAGUUCCCGCGGCGGAAUCUGGCCCCAAAGAGGAUUCCCUCUCUACUUCCGAGCCUAUUGACAAUGUCCCUUCCACGACCCAUUGCGCAGCUGAGCUUCCCGAGCUUCCCGAGCUUCCCGAGCCUGGACCAGCGAGCACGCAAAUGCCGUCAGCCGAACCUGCUCAGCCUGAACAGUCGGACAGGAAGAAGAAGAAAAAGAAGAAGAAGAGCAAGGGACCCUCUCUGUCCCAGUUGGACGACAUUUUAUCUGUGGAAAAUACACCUCUUCAGACCCCUACGGCGGAGACUCCUCCUGUCGUUCCUCAAGCUGCUGAGACUCCGCUCACAGAGACUCCAGCUGUUGAGACUCCUUUAGUCGAUAAUCCUGUGGUCGAGACUCCGAUUGUUGAGACUCCUGCCGGUGAGACUAUCGUUGAGACUCCAGCUGUCGAGACUCGAGACUCCGAGGCUCCUGUGGUUGAUCGCUCUGUAGUCGAGACUCCAAUCGUUGAGACUCCUACGGGUGACACUACUGUUGCUUUCGACGAAGAAGACACGGCUUUCCAGAUUACUCCAGCUCCUGCUGAGGGCCCUGAUGUUGAACCCCCUGCUUCCAACACUCCAUUUGGUGAGACUACAGUCGUUGAGACUCCUGUAAUCGAGAACCCCGUAGUUGAGACUCCUAUUAUUGAGACUCCUACAGGCGAGACUACUGUUGAGACUCCGGCUGUCGGCGAGAAGACUCUUGUCGAAACUCCUGCUGAUGUUGAAUUCGCCACCGAGGAGACCACCGUCGUUGUUGAGACUCCAGCUGCCGUCGAGACUCAAAUCAUUGAGACUCCGGCUGCUGUUGAGACUCCGGCCAUGGUUGGUGCCCCCGAGGAAAAGGCGCCAGAUUUCACAGAGGAGCCAGCCCCGGAUACGGUCUCUUCGAUCGAGAAGGGAUCCGACAAAGCUCAGGGCAAUGACCUGAAUGCUGCAAAGAAGGAUCUGGCCGUCACCGAAGAGACUCAAGAGCUACCAAGCAGCACGUUAACAGAGUCAGUCGACCAGGCUGACAAUGCAUCUCCCCUGCAAGAGCCAUCAACAUCUCGCAAGAACGAGGUCUCAGAAUCCGGCGCUACUACUAUCAUCCCUCAAGAUGAGUCCAUGGAGCCUGCAGCCACUCCCGAGCGAGCCCCCGUGGCGGAAGAGACGGCUACAAAGGCGUUCGACGACCCGGAGACGGUUAUUCGCGAGCCUCAAGAGCCUACAAACGCCGAAAGCAACGAUGAGGCUUUUGCAACGCCGCCGCAACGCCCCAUCUCCAUCGAGACCAAAGAUGACGUGCCUGGAAGCCUUUCGCAAGAGCCCACCCUUCUCGACAGCCAAAUUGACGCGGUGGAUGCCAAGCCGCAAGAGCGGUUCAUUGAGAAGGAGCAACCUCGCGGCGUUGAGACCCCAGUCGAACCCGACUCGCCAGUUGAGUCCAAGAAGAGCAAGAAAAAGAAGAAGAAGGCGGCGGCAGCGGCGGCGGCAGCGGCCGCGGCUGCAGCCCUCCAAGCAGCCAUCGAGGAUACUCCCGGAGACCAGAAGGACCAGAAGGAGGCAAAGGACGAGACGAUCACGGACAAGGACACGAGCAUCACACAAGACAAGACGGGAGACACGGAAGCACCGCCGCCUGAGCUCCCGACAAGCGGAGAAUUCGCUACGGACGUCAAGAUUUCAGAGGAGGCGGACGCAGGGCCAGCUGUUACCAAAAAGGGAAAGAAAAAGAAGAAGGGCAAGAAGUCAUCAACCCUGGACCCGGAGCCUGAGAACAGCCCGUCCACAAGUAUCUCCGAAAGCACGGCAGAUGUAGCGAAUACAAUGGACAAGUCCGCUUAUGUUUCCUCUCCGCCGAGAGAGCCUGUCAGUGACGAAGCUCGAUUCCCGCCAGCAGAAAGCUCGACCGAGGCCGAACCUGCUGCAAAUACGGGCGAGCAAAGGCGAAAAUCCGUGACGUGGGCACCUGAACUGGGAUCCGCCGCGAACAAUUCCGAUCUUCCUCUUCAGGAAGCCGGCCACGGCUCGGAAUGGCAACCUGAGGCGGCGACGGCCCCGCCCCCAGCCACCGGAGAGCUACAAACGACGGAGCCAGGCGAACGUGAGGAUCGAUCGGAGGCAGAGAGCCUGCCUCUGGCAAUUGGUGAGGAGAUGCAGGGUUCGGACCAGAUGGCUGUCGACGAGACAAGCGAAGGUGUGGCGCAGAAGGAUCUCGACCCAGAAAGCCAAGCUCAAAGGCACCCUGCAAGCGAGAGCACCCAGGCGCUGCCCCAACAGCACGAGCACGAACACGCGCACGACAUUGCUGCUGCCCCCAUCGACUACUUCCCGUCAUCCUCUGGGCUGCACGCAACAAGGCGGGGAGCCACGAGGAGCGACGCUUCAAUUCCCACCGCCCAGCAGGCGUACUUCCCCUCCGCCCACAGAAUGCUGCCCGCAACCAGCUCGUCCAGCAGUGGCGCGGCCAACCGGAAGGGCGGUGAGACACUGGAGGGCGAGGAGCAAGCGGAGCAGGUGGCAAGCAGCGAGGCUGAUGCAACAUCGGACGCCGAACAUGCUGAACAGGCGGGCCGUUCUGGUGCCAUUGGCAAACCAUCUGCGACUGCAGGCGCCCAAACGGGAGAGGUUGGCACCAGCGACCCCGGCCUGCAUGCCAUUGUGGAGCCGGACAGUGGGCCAGGGCACGACAAAUCACUGGUCGACACGCAAAACGGGCGGAUGACGGAUGCAGAACCCGUGGGACCGGCCCUCACCGACUCGGCCCUGGAGGCUGGUGGCCCACAAAACACCCCGGUCCAACCCUUGGCCAACCAAGACUCUAACCCGAAGAUCCCCCAACCUUUGCCCUCCCACGCCGCCUCCAGCAGCACCUCGCCUUUGGACGAGGUACCCAGUCCCCGUCUCCGUCCCCGUCACACUCCCAGCAGUCCCAGUUUGUUGGAGCGUGCCAAAAAUUCUGACGCGGGGAUUAUCGAGCCCGCCGCCGCCGCCGCCGCUGCAUCAGCCGAGUCUCGCCCGGAAGACUUCAAUCUCAACGACUCUCCCGACAUUGGGGAUUCCAGAGGACACAAGGCCGAGGAAGAGCAGCACCCCGUUCCCCGCGCCACCGAUGCUGCACUUCCGGGUCAAACUGCCGCCCCGGAAUCACUUGGUGAAUUCAUCGCCUCGGAGCCGCAAGUAGACUCAUUGUCGGAGACCGUUCCAGGCCCUGAACCCACAGGGAUUGUGAAUGCUGGGAGCACCACCCAGAGCCCCGACGACACUGAGACACAGCCCGAGGAGAGAGCUGACGUCUGGUCCGAGCCCGCAACCCCAAGCAACAUGUCCAAAAAGGACAAGAAGAAGGCCAAGAAGGCAAAGGCUGCCGCCGGAGAGCCGGACGAUGUCGAAGACACCCAAGCACGGGAUGUGGAUGACGGCCCCUCAGCUGCUGAACCCGGUGCCUCGGCACCGAUUGAGUCAUCGGCGCAGCCGGAGCCGGCUUCCAUCCCGGACGCUGCCAGCGCUCCCGGCGCAGAGGACAUUGCGCUGUGGGCUGGCGAUGACGGAUGGGCGAUCCAACCUAACAGCAAGAAAAGCAAAAAGGACAAGAAGAAGAAGCGCGCCGCAGCUCAGGCAGCUGAUGAGGCUGACGCGGUUGCAGCGCAGCCCGAAGAGUCUUCCUCAAAGUCGGAAGAAAUUGUUGCUGAGCAAGCGCCACCGUCUGCACCAGCACAGGAUGAGAGGUCUCCAAGUCUGGAAGAUGCAGUAAAUGAACACCAGACUACUGCUGAGACUUCUGACGUUCCCCUCGAGACGUCCGAGGCUGUUGCUGAAGGCUUGCUCGAAGAUGUUCCCGGCGUGUCCCAUGUUCCUGAUGCCCCGCAUGACACAAGCGCUGGGGACGAGCGAGAGCAACCGCAACCACCUCAAGAAGCUGAUGAUGCUGGUUUCGAAGUGCCAACAAAGAAGAGCAAAAAGAACAAGAAGAAGCAGCAGCAGCAGAGCUCUGGUGGUGAAGAAGCCGAAGACAGCCUCCAGGACCCAACACAGCAGAACCACCAGCCCGGACAUGGGGAAAGCACAUCCACUCCCGCGCCUGCCCCACCUGUCGACACCUUGCCCGCCGACGCAGAACAUCUCCAACUCUCCAGGGAUCCCCAACACCUUGACGAUACCUUGCCCGAGGAUUCAUCAAAGACCUUGACUCAGGGAGACACCCUCAUUCUCGACCGCCCAGAGGAAGCACCAAACCCAGCGUCCGUCUCUCAACCGCCGCCCGCUGCUGAGGCUGAGGUCGCUCAGGAAGCACAAACAAUGCCUUCGGAUAGCAUUGCCGACACCACCGUUCUGGCAGAAGAUGAGUUCCCCGUCGUGACCAAAAAGUCGAAGAAGGACAAAAAGAAGAAGAAGAAGAAGGGCCUCGAGACCCCAGAUGAGCCGAUUGCGACGCCGGCGACGGAGCCAGUCGUCGAACAAACAAGCCCGCCGCAACAGACUCCAGCACCAGAGCCACAACCCACCCCGGCUGAAGUUCCCGCCGUCGACGAGCCUGCCUCUGAGCAAGUCGACUCGUCUGAACCGGCUCGGGUCCUCGAGCCUGAUGCACCAUCCUCCAGCACGCCUAUGCCCGCAGAAGAAGCCCGUCCGUUGGAGGAGGAACCCAUCUUCCCACGAAUGUCGAAAAAGGACAAGAAGAAAAAGAAAAAGGGUGCUUCCGCUGACAUCCUCGCGGAGCAACCCCUGCCUACGGAAACGGAGACAAUUCCUGCCCCCGAAGCCGCCCUUACUGGACACCCCGAACAGAUGGUGAUGCCAGAGACCGAAAGCACUCCCCAGCCAACAGACGUCUUCACUCAAGACGCGACUACUACGACUGACGAACCCCAAACCCUGCAUGAGGAGGUAGUGCGCGAGCAAACCAUGGACACCACGCCUGAUGACGAUCCAGUCAGACAAGAGGGCUCUGUUCCUGACACCACUGUUGAUGAGGCCACUCCAGAUGUGAUUUCUGAGCCUUCCCAGCACGAAGAUCCCAUGGAUCUGGAUGUUGCCGCAACGGAAGAGGUGUCUAAGGCAGAUGUCCCCCCCGUCGCUGAGGCCACCCAAGCGGACACUGUUCUUGAUCCCACGCAGACAACCGAGGCGCCGCAGCCGGUCACCGCCAACGCAGAGGAUGAGUUCCCUAUCCCGGAGAAGAAGGAUAAGAAGGAUAAGAAGAAGGGCAAGAAGGCCCAGGAGGCUCAGGUGGAGCCAGCACUUGAGGCUGAGCCCCAACUUGAGCAGUCUCUUCGGGAGGAAACAGUGACCGCCGAGCCCGAGCCUGCGAGGGCCGUUGUGGAGCCAGUCGAAGAGACUCCAAUUUUGGAGGAGCAGAAGACGCCGGUCCAGGAAUCCACAAUCAUUGAGGCAAGCCAACCAGUGGUUGCCGAGGACGAAUUCCCCCUGCCAGACAAGAAGGCGAAGAAGUCGAAAAAGAAGAAGGGACAGGCUCUUGACACGAUCGAGCCGCAACCCUCAGCCGAGCCUGCUGCCGAGUCUGCCGUCAACCCUGUCACGGAGCGCUCUCUUGACUUUCCUUUGGACACUGUCCCCUCGGCGGAAGACAUCUCCCUGGAGACACCAACGGACACGCCGGCCAACCUCAAUGAUGUCCGAGAGCCUGCCGCCGAGGCCCAAGAUAUUCCGCUUCCUGACGCGGACACGCCCAAUGAAGACGUUGCCCUCGAGGCAGACAAAGCGCGCAGUGACCAAGCGGACACAUUUGAUACCCCCGAGGGCCAACCUUCUCUCCCACUAGAUGAUGAGCCCUCUUCGCCCAAGCUUUCCAAGAAGAAAAAGAAGAAGGCUAACCUGCAUGGUGAUUCAAAUGUUCUUUCUGAUGCUACGCCGACAGUGGAGGUUUCCGAGGCCCCUCAGGAACCUCUUCCCAGCGUCCAAGAGGCGGCACAGGCUGACCUUACUGCUCCUCCACUCGAGUCCACGCAGCCGCCGGAGGAGACACCAGCUGAUCUCAUCGAGUCCAGAAAGCCGUCUGAGGAGGUCCCCGCUGAUCCUGCUUCCGACUCGGCAGGCCUCGCAGCUCCCGCGACACUACCAGUCGAGGACUCCAUGGAUAUGAUGCUAUCGCAAUCGGCCGAGGCUGAUGUCGUCCACACCCAGGAGCCCACCGCUCCCCAGCCUGAAGAAGAGGUUCCCUUGACGCCCGAGAAGUCAAAGAAGGACAAGAAAAAGAAGAAGAAGGGCUUGUCCAUGGACGAUGCCGCUGUUGAACAAGACACCUCGAGAUCGCUGCCUGUUGCCGAUGGCGCAUCCGACGAUCUCCCAGCAGCAGCGAAUUUGCCAGCGGCUGAAGCGCCUACCACUAUCCCUUCUGAGGCUUCUAUCCCGGCUCCCAUCGAGCCAGUCGUUGAGAAGGCUGAGUUUCAGGAUGAAAUGGACAUCGAUGGAGAACCACCCGCAACUGUCGAGCAGGCACCGCCUACGUCAACGUCGGACGCUCCCGUCAUCGCAACGGAAACCCUGCCCGAGCCGGCCCAGCCGGUUAAAGAGAUCGUCCCGGUGGCCUCGAUUACUGUAGACCAACCGACAACGACACCAGAGCCAAAGCUUGAAAGUGUCAAUGACGUGCCGUCUGCCAGUUUGGAGGAUGCCACACAGACCAAGGAAGCCGCCGUCGCCCUACCAGAAGAUGAAUGGCCCGAGACAUUGCCUGCCAAGAAGUCAAAGAAGGACAAGAAGAAGAAAAAGUCUCGGGCGCAAAACGACCUGAUGGCGUCUGAGGCUGCCACUCCUGCGGAACCGGCAGUGGAAGAGGUCAAGGAAGAUGAGCCGGCCGUCUCCACUACAGAGGAGGCCAAGAUCCCCGACAUCGCCGCACCCGACGUUUCCCCAGAUGAGAGGAACCUCUCCGAGCCCCUUGACGUCGAUGUCAACAUGGGCCUGGUUCGCGAGAUGGAACAUCCCCAUUCUCCCGCAGACAAGAUCCCGGAAAAGCAGGAGACGGCGCCGGCAGAUGAGAAGCGGCAAGAUAUCACGGCUGACACUGGAUCUUUCGACCCCCUGGCAGCUUGGACAAAUGAGUGGUCGAGUGCUCCGACAAAGAAAAGCAAAAAAGACAAGAAGAAGAAGAAGCGGCAGAAUCAAGCACUUGAAGAUGCCGAAGUUGCCCCUACCCAGGAGGACGAUGUCAAAUCUUUCAAGCCAGAGAGGGAGCCGUCCACCGCUGCCGAUUCUAUCAAUACCCCCCCUACAAUCGCCGAACCCUCAGAUGCCAUCUCCAACCCCCCUUCACCGGCGCGGUCCCGGACACCAGCUCUUGCGGAGCAAUCCAUUCUUUCAGUAAGGUCUCGAUCUCCUGACCUCAAGGAGCACUCGGUUCUUUCGAGAAGGUCUGAAUCACCUGAUCUUGCAGAGCGCUCGCUUCUUUCUGGGCGGUCACGAACCCCUAAUUAUGCGGAGCAGACCCGGUCUCCUGGUUAUACGGAGGGCUCACCUCGCUCAAGAAGGUCUCGGUCUCCGGGUUAUACAGAGGGCUCACCUCGUUCAAGAAGGUCUCGGUCCCCGGGUUAUACGGACGGCUCAUUCCUCACCAGGCGAUCUCGAUCUCCCAACUAUACUGAGGGCUCACCUCGUUCAAGAAGAUCUCGUUCUCCUGGUUUCACGGACGGCUCGUUUCUUACUAGGCGGUCUCGAUCUCCUACCUACGGGGAUCGAUCGCUUCUUUCUGGACGGUCUCGGUCUCGCAACUACACAGAACGCUCACUUCUUUCAAGAAGGUCUCGAUCGCCCAAUUAUACGGAGGGCUCAUUUCUCACUAGGCGGUCCCGAUCUCCUAACUACACGGAGCACUCACUUCUUUCUCGACGGUCUCGACGAUCUCGAUCCCCUAAUUAUACGGAGCAUUCCAUUCUCUCUGGACGAUCUCGAUCUCCCAACUAUGCGGAGCGCUCAACCCUCUCCGAGCGACCGCUCGAGAGCGUUGUGCAGGAAGACAACGACCGGGACAGCAGACACGACAAUAGCACCCCCCAAAGCCCCGCCGCGGAAGACCGAGCCCGCUCAAGUGCAAGUCGCCGACAAGACGUCAACGUUGACGUCGAUGGUUCGCGUCCCGCCUCGCCGACGGCAGCCUUGGACACUUUGAGAAGUAUGGACCUCCCAGAAGCCACACGUUCAUCUCUGAACGUGGUCGACCUCGGCUCAUGGGACGUUCCAGUGACCAAGAAAUCGAAAAAGGGAAAGAAGGGCAAGAAACAGUCCAUUCCGGUUGACGUAGAAUCUCCACAAAACAUUGACCCGACGCCUGCACCAAACCCCGAGCAGAGCCUUGCGCCAGAGGGCGCCGACAACGUGGGAUACUUUGACAAGGAACCCCUCGAGGAGAACAGGAGUGCGUCCGCGCCGCCUCCUCCCGAGACAGCAAGUACUCUGCUGACCCCAGCGGACACCCCUCGGCCAGUCGAUGCCACAACGCCUUCUCCCAAAUCAUCCAGGUCCGCGGAUGUUGACUUGACGCCGGCGCAAGAGACAAGCAAAGUCAUCCACGAAGUGCCCUAUGAGCAGCCCGAUAAGCGAAAGAAACUGAAAACCAGGGAGCAGUCCAACACCCUGUUGCCGGAACCAAUUUUUAGCUCCCGCGAUAUCGCAGCUGUGGACCUCGAAGGUCACGACAGCCAGAAAAACAACGCUGCCGAAAAAGCUGGCACGAUUGCAGAUGAAUCGUUGCUCCCGACAUCUGCUCCGGACGCCUCUGAAAACCAGGGUCACUCGGAACCAAACGUAGACAAUGACGUUCCUGAACAUCACCCUACGUCAGCGCCGGACGCCUCUGAACACCAAGGCCACCCGGAACCAAGUGAAGACAAGCAGGUUCCUGAACACCCUUCGGAGACGUCAUCUGCUCUCAAUAUUGCCGCUUCGUACCUCGAGCACAAGACUGAUCAUGACCCUAUUGAGACUACCCGGGCCACGACCCCCGAAAAGCAACACCAAGGUACCGGUUCGUCAAGGCUUGGUGUGGCGGCUGGCACGGCGGCGAUUGCGGCGGCAGCAGCAACCCUUGCCAAGUCAAGCAGCGCCAAGAAGAAGGGAAAGAAGUCCAAAUACGCCGACAAACGCAGCUCUCAGGAGGACGACUUAUUCGACGACCUAUCGCUGUGGGAAGGCGCCGACAAGAAGCGCGUUAGUGAGGCGGCAAACGCAGAGGUUGAGAAGUUCUGGGGCGGCGAAGAGCCGCAAAGUGCGUCUGCUCAAGAGGCGCCAGCCGAGCCGGACACUACGAAGGACGAGGAGCAUCACAAAAGACAAGACACGACAAUGGAGGAGGAUGAUGUUUUUGCUCCAAACACGGAGCAAAGAGAUGGCCCGCCCAUUCAACAGAACCCAAUCGAAUCGGGCGAAUUGCCGUCACCGAAGGAGAAGGAGGAACAUUCAAAAGGCAUGCCUAGUCUGACGGCGCCUCUGAAGGAAAAGGCUCUGGACGAUAAUGUCGAAAGCCCUGUACUGGGGCGAGAAGAAAAGCCUGAAGAGAUCCCAUCGGCUACUGAAAGGGACACUCGCCAAUCGCUGUACCCAGAGCCAAGCACCAUGACAAGUGAUCUGGACGAGGCCGUCGACCGCGGCUUCGAGGCCGAGUCUCGCCGCGAUCUUUCCAGCGUCCUCUCAUCCCGAAGCCCCGAGCCAUUCUACGAGACGGGAGGUUUCCGAAGCCCGGUCCCAAGCAUCCUGCCGCCAGUUCAGGAGGAGGCUCACGAAGAAGCUGAAUCUCAGCCCAGAUCUCUCCCCAAGACAUCAUCUCGGAGGGCACUGCGCACACCAGAGCCCCAUCGCGACAGCGCGCUGAGCUCAGGCUCGUCUCACCCUUUCCGCAAGAGUGGUCUCGACAGCCAAGUCGAGCGGGACAGCGGUGUCAUGCGCGACUGGCAAGAGACAAGUUCGCAAGGGCGCGAAGCUCAGCGCACGCCCGAGCUGUCCAGUCACCGUGAGAGAAGGAGAUCUCGUGAAGCAGAGAGGGCCAAAUCACCAUCGGUCAGAGACCUGAUCCGACGGUCGCCUUUCGCCGAGGACGAGACUCGCGACUAUCCGGUGUCCAAGACGCCUGUUCUGCGCGACCCUAGCAGCCGGCAACUCGAUACUCCAACUCCAGAGCCGCACAAAAUGCGGCGCAUCAGCCCAGAGCUGGAGAGGAAGCGAUCCAAGUACCAAGACCUGGCCUCUGCGGCGCUGGCCGGGGCAGCGAUUAGCAGCACGUCGUCACCGCGCAGCACGCCUCCGCCCGGCAAUCGCAGCGUCUCGGAGCGCGUUGCACGGCUGCAAUCGCCAGCGCCGGUCGAGCCCCCUGUAGCGCGCAGAUCCAUAUCCAAUAGCAGCCUCUCGCGGCAUAGGCGGGCCAUGGGCUCACAAACACCGGAGCCACUCAAAUUCAGGCCUGAAAGCCCAGGCAUCAUCUCUCGCCCAGCCACUGCCACCCCUCCUCUCCGCCGCCGGACAGACAGGCGCAUGAGCGGAGACCUGCGAUCUCUCAGCCAACGAAGUCAGCAAGACCUCACCCAGGACCCGACCAGCUCGUCAAACACCCCCGUCGCCAACGAGGGUCGUGUCCGGACCAAGGACAUGGCCGACGUCUUUGAUGGCUUUGGCGAGGGCCGCAUCGGCUCCCCCCGCUCGCCCACUAGACCACACAGCAUGCGUCGCCGUCAGAGCAUGCAAGUCCUCGAGCUCGAGUCUCGCGUCGAACAGCUCCUGGCCGAGAACCGCAUGCUCGCCGAUGCCCGAACCACCGCGGACACCACCACCACCAGCAAUCGCGCUUCAGCUUCAGGUAUCCUAGCCGAACGCGACGCCGAGAUCGACGUCCUCAAGCAGUCGCUCGAGUUCCUACAAAAAGAGGUCGCUCGCUUGACAGAGGUCAACGAGGGCCUCAACAGCGCCAAUGCCCAGCUUGCUGCCCAACACAACGAACGCUACCGUUCGUUGGAGACGCAGCAUGCAGACACGUCGCGACAGCUGGAUGAGGUUCGCAACGAGCGCGGCCGCUUCCAAGAGUCGCUGUCGCAAAAGGAUGCCGAAAUCAGCAAGCUGCGCUCCGAGCUCGACGCUGCCAAAGACAAGAUCCGCCAGAUGCAGCGCCAGAUCCUGGCCGCCAAGGGCGCCGACGCCGACUUUUUGAACGUCAAGGACGUCGACCAUUUCGACCACCGAUGCCAGCAACUGUGCUCCCACGUUCAGCAAUGGGUCCUCCGGUUUUCCAAGUUUUCCGACAUGCGCGCUUGUCGGUUGACGAAUGAAAUCAACGAUGAGAAGGUCAUUGACCGACUCGACAACGCCAUCCUCGAUGGCACUGAUGUGGAUGCCUAUCUCGCCGACCGCGUGCGACGCAGAGACGUAUUCAUGUCCAUGACGAUGAACAUGAUUUGGGAGUUUGUGUUCACCCGUUACCUCUUUGGCAUGGACCGCGAACAACGACAGAAGCUCAAGUCGUUGGAGAAGCUCCUCACCGAGGUCGGCCCUCCCCAGGCCGUUCGACAGUGGCGCGCCGUCACCCUGACGCUGCUCUCCAAGCGCCCGAGCUUCAAGCACCAGCGCGACCUCGACACCGAGGCCGUGGUCCAGGCCAUCUUCCAGACGCUGUCCAAGGUCCUCCCUCCCCCGUCGAACCUGGAGGACCAGAUUCAGUCACAGCUGCGCCGCGUGAUGAGGGAGGCCGUCGACCUCUCCAUCGAGAUGCGCACCCAGCGAGCCGAGUACAUGAUGCUCCCGCCGCUGCAACCCGAAUACGACGCCGACGGCGAGCUCGCCGAGACGGUCACGUUCAACGCUGCCCUCAUGAAUGAGCGCAGCGGCGACAAGUCCCUCAACAACGAGUCUCUCGAAGGCCAACACGCCGUCGUUCGCAUCGUUCUGUUCCCUCUUGUCGUCAAGAAGGGAGACGACGCUGGCAACAAUGAUGACGAGAUCGUUGUGUGUCCCGCCCAGGUGCUGGUGGCUCGGCCCAAGGGCAAGUCUGUCCGCCUGUUCACGCCCGGCAGCGAGGUUGGCGGGUCGGCGAUUGGCGGCAACGCGGCAGCGACACACAGCGAACUCAGCAUGGGCACUUUCCUGCCCGAACAAGCGUCGAACGUGCGAUCCAACUAA